AUGGUAAAGGGAGCGAACGAGCAGAUGGAACGGUUGAGUGUUCUUGGAAUUGGGGGGUUAGGAUUGCUUAACUCCGGUUUCCCAUGUGGGACAAUGCAUGAUUCUCCCACGGGCCAGGCAGUGGAGCUGGCAGCAUGCGAGUGUACUGCUCGUUCAUGGGCUGGAGAUUCAUCAGUGGUGGUAGCAGAAGUUGGCGACAAAUGCCGGUGUGGAUGUAUUCUACAUCUAGCACCAGCAGCCAGGCUACUAGCAGGUUCUGCGAGAGCUUGUCCGUCUAGAUCAUUCUGGUUGCUCCAAGCUGAAGAAGGCUUGGUGGUUCGUUUGAGAAUGGAAGCUGUGCGGCUCCCAUGCGCUGGCCAAACUCUGAAAGUUAGAGAUGGUGAUUCUUUAGGAUCUCCAUUGCUUGCCUCAUGGGAUGGGCCUGAGAGCGUGCCAAUGAUUGGAGAUGUAGAUACCACGACAGAUUCUAGUGGAGCGAUUGAAAUAUCUGGUGGAAGUCACGUCCUUGUUGAACUCAGUUCUGGAGACACCAGCAACCGCUGUGCUGGAGGUUUCUUGGCACACGCCACGCAAGUUGAACCUAUCCGCAACGCGUCAGCAGCGUGGGCCUCCGUUAGUGGCGGUAACUGGUGGCGUAGUGGUGGAGGUGCCCGUGGUGCUGCAGUGGCGCUUGCAGCCGCAGCAGCGCUGGCAGCGCUGUGCCUUGCGCUGCAUUCAGCGCAUCGCACCAGGGCAUAUCAGCGAGCGGCCGAUAAGGAGUCACUCACCGAUAGUGAUGCGUGUUCAGCGUCUCUAGAGCUUGGUGGAGCAGUAUCGGGAUCUCGAAGUACUCUUUUAUCAGAAGUAGUCGGAGGUGGAGUUGCACUACGACGUCUGUUACCUUCUGGUAAAACUAAGCACACCAGACUCCGGGACUCGGACAGAAAUUCUGAAUAUGCAGAACAAAGAGACGAGGAUGACCCAGGUACUGAUAUUGAAGCUGACGCAGGAGACAAUACAAGUGUAGGAAGCGAAGGUAGUGUAGCUAGCCAAGCUACGAUUACACCAGAAACUGUAUCUUCGAGUAGUGCCCCUGCUGGAAGGAAAAUUAUCAUUCCGUCACCGCUAAAACGUUCUCAUACUGUGUCAGCAACUAACGUCACCCAACCGCAAUCUAACGUAAAGAAGUUAUGCGCAUCACCACCACAGCAGUCGACUAGCGAGUCUGGAGUUGUGGAAAUGAGCACAAGCGUUAGUAGCGUGAGUGAGAGGGAGAGUACUUGUAGCAGUGAGAAAGACAGAGACAGCAUGUGGGAAAAAGACAGGAGUGAGAGUCGAGCAUCUUCAUCUACAUCUGCUGCAACUUUGACUAAUGGUUGGUAUUCUCCCGCUUUGAGCGGCGUCUCAGCAGCCAAGAUCCGUGAUAACCCUAAACACACAAAGGAGUCGUGCAACCGACGUCUGUUGAAGUCAGACCUCAGUCUUACUUCUCAUCCUGAAAUGGAAAUCGACUAUUACGAUUACGAAGUCAAUAAUGCUGGUUCAGUACCUGGUUCCUAUCUGGGAAUGGAUCCAGCGUUCUUGGUUUGGAUACCGCCUUUAGAAGAAGGUGAUAUACUAAAAGAAAUUGAUGAUAACAAAGUCCCUAUCUAUGAGGAAAUACUACCCAAAGGUAUGCAUCCUGAUACUGGAAGUAAUACAGAAUCCCCUGAAGAUAUACCAUCAUCCAGUACGCUCAAGAGAAACGUUGACAAUCGCAAUAAUAGAUCAAAUGAGUCUAUCAAAUCUGUUCGUAAAGUUAUCGAAAAAGGCAAUAUAAUCCAUCCUUUAAAUUUUAGUAUUAGCGAUUUGCAAAAUUCACCCAAAUUGUCCAAAAGAAAUAAGAAAAAGAAAGUUGAAAGCCCUGUAACGAUACAGAUGAAAGAUUUAACACUGACCCGGUCACCGGUUCGAGUUCAUAGAAAGGAAAAUCGUUGCGAUUUCGACACCUCUACACUUAAAAGAGUUACUGACUCUAAAGAAAAAGAUUCUGAUACGUUGAAAAGAACAGAUUUUUCCGACAUUAAAUUUGCUGAUGAGAAUUCUGACUCAUCAAAUGAAAUUAAAUUUGCAGAUGAUUCACCGGAUAGCAAUAGGAUUAUUGAUAAAUAUAAUGUCAAGGUAUAA